GUUGGACUGACCGAGGAUCCGUACUUCCGGCUCAGCUAUGGAGCCAGGCUGCCGGGCACUGUGGAGGCGCUGUGCCAGUCACUGGAGGUUUCGUAUGUCCAUGGUACUGUGUGAGCCUGUGCUGAGUCCCCUAGUCACAGUCCGAUCACAGCAUCCCCCUCUCUUGUCAUACAGUACCAUGUCCUCCCCGGCUACAGGCAUCACAACAAGGCUGGGACCAGGUGUCAGUAGGAGCCUGUGUGUGACCAGCCAUAGCCGCCUGUGCUGGAGCUGUCAGACUGUGGUCAGCACAUCGGAGCUGUUCUGUCCCUCCUGCAGAUCUCUACAACCUCCAGAUAACACCAAAGACUUCUUCCAGAUUCUGCACUGUGACCGAUCGUUUGAUGUUAAUAUCCAGGAACUGCAGAAGAAGUACAGGAACCUCCAGAGGUUACUUCAUCCAGAUUACUUUAGUCAGAAGUCACAGGACGAGCUGGAUAUUUCUGAUCAGCAGUCUUCUUUAGUCAACAAAGCAUACAAUACAUUACUGUCUCCUUUAAGCAGAGGAAUAUAUUUGUUAGGUCUUCAUGGCAUCACUUUUGCAGAAGGGACAGAGGGAGGCGUGGAUACACCAUUUCUGUUUGAAGUCCUAGAAGUCAACGAACAACUUAACGAAGCAAAUACUGAUGCUGAAAUCGAAGAAAUUGGAAACCUCGUACAAGAAAAAUGUCAGACGUUGACUGAAAAUGUGAAAGAUGCCUUUCAGAAAGAUGAUCUUGAAGGUGCCAAGAAGUUCUUGACAAAAAUGAAAUACUAUAUGAAUAUUCUUGAACAAGUAAAGAAGAAAAUAAUGCCGUAACUACUUCUCACCACCACCUGCUACUCAGAAAAUGGACUAGUGUGCUUCAAGCCUCAAACAGCAUAAAGACUGUAUUUUAGCACCC